ACAAAAAUAAAAAAAAUAAAAGUUCAAAAGUUCAGCCGAAAUAAUUCAUAUACUUCAUAAAUGUACGUCAUGUUUUAUGAGCUAUUUUGUUUUUAAAUACAUUUUUGUAUGAAUAGUUCCAUCAAAGACUAUUUGAAAAUUCAGCCGAACCGACCCGACCGACCCAGCAUUUAAGGAGAAAUAGUUCAACAUGCCAUUUCUUUACGGACAAGCGGAUGAAAAGUUCAUUAAGUUGGAUAUUGAUUCGAGUACACAGAAACUAAAACCUUUGGAUUCAUAUAAAUUCCAUUUGAAUACUCAGUUAGAAGGACAUCAAAAAAUAAAACCUGAUGAAGUUUCAAUACGUUUGAAAACUUCCCCGGAUACAUUAGUUGAAAUAUGUUUAACAAUGUUGGAUGCAAUUCCUCUACCAUAUCCCUUUUAUUGGAAUACCCUUGAAGUGGCGAAUUGGAUACGAAAAUUAGGAUUCCCACAAUACCAGAAUACUUUCAAGAAAAAUCUAAUAAAUGGAAGAAGUCUUUUGCGUUUGGAUGCAUCAUAUUUGGAGAAAUUAAAUAUUAAAGAUUUCAAUCAUAUGAAAAUUAUUAUGAACGCAAUUCGUAGUCUUUAUGGAUUUGAGAAAUCUUCAUUCAAAAGAAGUAUUUCACUGCCUCAUCGAAAUUUGGAAAGUUUGUACAAAUUUUACAAAACUAAAACCGGUCCGAACUAUGAGAAGAAUCGACUUUCAGAUGUCGGGAGAAUAUAUCAUGUCAUUCGACCUCGUCCACUGUACGAAACUCAUUGGCAAAUAUUGGAGAAAUGCCUUCAACAUACCGAUCCUAAAGAAACUGAAUGUAUUGGUGACCCAACUCGAAAUAAAAACAAAAUGUAUACUCCAAAAAAAGGAGAAUCUCCUACGGUUUGUCAUAGUCCAAAGAAGACCCAACGUGAAUGCAGUGGCAUUCCACCAUGUAUGUGUAACUGGACUCAAGAGGUAGAUCUUAGACAACCUUGGCAACUUAAAUGUCUCGGAAAGGAGAAAAAAAAUCGCCAUAAAAUGGAAACUCAUGAAUGCAACCUUCAAGUAUGUUCACUAUGCGAUCUUCAUAAAGGUUUGACUGUUUUACAAAAGUACAUUCCCGAUAAGUAUGGAACAACAUUUCUAUGAGAGCCGAGAUUCUAUCAUUCGAAUUGAAAGAUAGAUGGCUCGUCUACGACGAUAACAAUUAAGUUUCUUUAAAAACAAUUUUACGAUUAAACUAGAGGAAUUGAGAAAUUAAGACAUUAUUAAUAUUAAUUCUUUUUGGGGAUAUGUUUGAAAUUUAAGUUUUGUGUUUUUUUAAUUUACAUUAUAGAACAAUAAAUUUAAAAAUAUUAUUUUAUU